CCACCUUGCUCCCUUAUGGCUGACAUACACAAUGUGACUGAGUUCAUUUUUCUGGGACUCUCUUCUAAUCAAGAGGUGCAGAGAGUUUGCUUUGUGAUAUUUCUGCUCUUGUACAUGGCCAUUGUGCUUGGGAAUCUUCUCAUGGUGGUCACUGUGGUAGCCAGCAGAAGUCUUGGAUCCCCCAUGUACUUCUUCCUUGGCUACCUCUCCUUUGUGGAGAUCUGCUACUCCUCCACAACAGCCCCAAAACUCAUCGUGGAUCUCCUAGCUGAAAAGAAAUCAAUAUCUGUAUGGGGCUGCAUGACACAGCUUUUCUUCAUGCACUUCUUUGGUGGCACUGAGAUUUUCCUGCUCACAAUGAUGGCCUAUGACCGCUAUGUGGCCAUCUGUAAGCCCCUGCACUAUACUAGCAUCAUGAACCAAAGUGUGUGUGCAGUCCUCAUGGGAACAGCCUGGAUAGGAGGCUUUGUGCAUUCCUUUGCCCAAAUACUUCUCAUCUUUCCUUUGCCCUUCUGUGGCCCCAAUAUCAUUGACCAUUAUUUCUGUGACUUGCUUCCUGUGCUUAAACUUGCCUGCUCAGACACCUUCCUCAUUGGUCUGCUGAUUGUUGUCAAUGGGGGAACACUGUCUGUGAUCAGCUUUGUGGUCCUCUUAGCAUCCUAUGGAGUCAUCUUGUUUCAUUUGAGAACUCAGAGUGCUGAGGGACGGCGCAAAGCUCUGUCCACCUGUGGAUCCCAUGUCACUGUGGUUAUGUUGUUCUUUGGUCCAUGUGUCUUCAUCUAUUUGAGGCCUUCUGAUACCCUACCUGUAGACAAGAUGAUAGCUGUGUUCUAUACAGUGAUAACCCCCCUGCUCAAUCCUCUCAUCUACUCCCUGAGAAAUGCAGAAGUGAAGAAAGCCAUGGAGAGUCUAUGGUUCAGGACAAUGAAAGUAGAUGAGAAAUAGAGUCUCGAUAUUGGCUGUUGGGAUUGGAAUGGUGCUGAGUCCAAACUGAUGGGCACUGA